AUGACACUGCAGCUCCAAGUUUAUUAUGUGGAGGAGAGCGAGCGAAAAGGCAGAGGGAGGACUCACCAACAUCAACUUUCAGCGAAGCCACCGCGAAAAGAGGACAAAGCGACCAGUUUACGGAACAGUGGGGAGGUUCCUGCGCUCGAGGACGCGCCCUUUUGUGCCAUCAAAAUGAAGGAGGCGCUGACCACAGAGCGCGGUAAGACCCUAGUGCAGAGGAAGCCCACUAUGUACCCCGCAUGGAAGGCCAGUUUCGACGCUCACAUCUACGAGGGCCGGGUCCUGGAAAUCCUGCUGAUGAAGACUGCAGAGGAGCCGCUGGCCGAGGUCACAGUGGGCGUGUCCGUGCUCGCCGAGCGCUGCAAGAAGGCCAACGGCAGAGCGGAAUUCUGGGUGGAUCUGCAUCCUUCGGGGAAAGUGAUGAUGGCAGUGCAGUACUUUCUGGAAGGAGGAGACUCAGAGGGAAAGCAGCAGCCCGCAGAGGAGGAGGUGCCGACCAUAAACCGCCGACGAGGAGCGAUCAAACAGGCCAAAAUCCACUUCAUCAAAAACCACGAGUUCAUCGCCACUUUCUUCAGACAGCCCACGUUCUGCUCCGUGUGUCGAGAGUUCGUCUGGGGUCUCAACAAACAAGGCUACAAGUGCAGGCAAUGCAAUGCAGCAAUCCAUAAGAAAUGCAUAGAUAAGAUCAUUGGCAGAUGCACUGGGACGGCAGCCAACAGCCGGGACACAGUGUUUCAGAAGGAGAGGUUUAAAAUCGACAUGCCUCAUCGCUUUAAGAUUCACAACUACAUGAGUCCAACGUUCUGCGACCACUGCGGCAGUCUGCUGUGGGGUCUGGUCAAGCAGGGGCUCAAGUGUGAAGACUGUGCCAUGAACGUCCAUCACAAAUGUCAGGACAAAGUCGCCAAUCUGUGUGGAAUCAACCAGAAGCUGUUAGCAGAGGCGCUCAACCAAGUCAGCCAGAAAUCCACUCGCCGCUCAGACCCGGCUCAUCCAGACCUCCCCGACAUCGGCAUCUACGACGAGAUGAACAAACUGGCGGAUCUGGACAUGAACGACGGGCCGUACGGGCGGCUGUGGGAGGGCUCAGGUCAGAGGCCCGUCUCCAGGAUCAGUCACUUGACUCGGAUCAGCGUCGACAACUUCAUCUUCCACAAAGUCCUCGGGAAAGGCAGCUUCGGGAAGGUGCUGCUGGCGGAGCUAAAAGGCCGCGGUGAAUAUUUCGCGGUCAAAGCUCUGAAGAAGGACGUGGUUCUGAUGGACGACGACGUGGAGUGCACCAUGAUCGAGAAGAGGGUCCUGGCCCUGGCCUGGGACAACCCCUUCCUCACUCACCUCUACUCCACUUUCCAGACCAAGGAGCAUCUGUUCUUUGUGAUGGAGUAUCUCAACGGCGGAGAUCUGAUGUUUCAUAUUCAGGAGAAAGGACGGUUUGAGCUGCAUCGAACCACGUUUUACUCUGCAGAAAUCAUCUGUGGUCUGCAGUUCCUUCACUCCAAAGGAAUCAUUUACAGAGAUCUGAAGCUUGAUAACGUGAUGUUGGACCAGGACGGACACAUAAAGAUCGCAGACUUCGGGAUGUGCAAAGAAAACGUGUUUGGAGAAAACCGAGCCACAACUUUCUGUGGAACUCCGGACUACAUCGCUCCAGAGAUCCUGCUGGGGCAGAAGUACUCGUUCUCUGUGGACUGGUGGUCCUUCGGCGUCCUUCUGUACGAGAUGCUGAUCGGACAGUCUCCUUUCCACGGAGACGAUGAAGACGAGCUGUUCGAGUCAAUCCGAAUGGACACGCCGCACUAUCCACGCUGGAUCAACAAGGAGGCGCGGGACCUGAUGGAGAAGCUGUUUGAGCGAGACCCCAGUCGCCGGUUGGGAGUCGUGGGAAACAUCCGUCUGCAUCCGUUCUUCAAGAGCAUCAACUGGACCGGACUGGAGCGAAAGGAGAUGGAGCCGCCGUUCAAACCUAAAGUGAAAGCUCCAAAUGACUGCAGUAACUUUGACCGCGAGUUCCUUAGCGAGAAGCCCCGCCUCUCGUACAGCGACAAGAACUUCAUCGACUCCAUGGACCAGUCGGCCUUCGCUGGGUUCUCCUUCAUCAACCCCAAAAUGGAGGAGCUCAUCGAGUGA